AUGAGGAGACGGCAAACGACCGCUGCACCUGAACAAUCGCAUGGACAAGAAGAGACAGCCAAGUUAACGACGGCUCAUGAGUUGCACAAUGGUGAUCGCAGCACGUCUGAUUCAGCUCUUCAAGAUCUCCGUCAACAACAAGGGGACAAAGUGUUGCGACGACAUGAGAGCAGCAGCGAGUUACCCGAAGAUAUCUUGGCGGAUAGUCAGUUAUACAAGAUGGAUACACGACCUUUUUGGAAGCGUAAACGGUUUCACUUUAUUGUUGGUGUCUCUGUGGGUGCGUUGGCCAUGUUAGGCGCCGCUUCCACGACCCCGACCGCUCAGACUCACUUUAACGAAUUACAAACGUAUCUCGCUUUGCAAUUGGCUGAUCUCGAUCUGGGAGGUGCAACGGAUAUUGUGGAUGAACUCUUUGGCAAUGUGACAACGUACCUGAAACCAUCUCCUACAAGCGAUAUUCCAUUCAUGCCCGCUCUAUCACUCAAAGAGGAGAUGCAACUUGAACCCCAUUUCCCAGUCGUCCUAAUCCCAGGCAUCAUCUCAUCGGGUCUUGAAAGCUGGGGCACAUCCGAAAAGAGUCAAAAAUACUUUCGAAAACGCAUGUGGGGCACAACCACCAUGUUUCGAUCGGUGCUACUGGAUAAGGAAAGUUGGACACAGCAUGUCAAAUUGGAUCCUGUAACCGGAUUGGAUCCACCCGGUGUCAAGAUCAGAGCAGCUCAAGGUCUCGAUGCAGCUGAUUACUUUGUCACAGGCUAUUGGGUAUGGGCAAGGAUCAUUGAAAACUUGGCUGCUAUCGGAUACGACACCAACAACAUGCACCUUGCAAGCUAUGAUUGGAGACUCUCAUUUUCGAAUCUGGAGGUCCGGGACAAGUACUUUACCAAGCUCAAGGCUACCAUUGAGACCUCCAAAUUGACACAUGGGCGCAAAACAGUGAUCAUUUCACAUUCAAUGGGCUCGGUUCUGUUUCCCUAUUUCUUAAAGUGGGUUGAAAGUCCAUUGGGUGCCAAUGCAGGAAGUGCGUGGACUGAAGAGCACAUUGAAUCCUUUGUGAAUAUCGCUGGACCCAUGAUGGGUGUACCAAAGGCCAUCACGGCCAUGUUAUCAGGUGAAACACGUGACACAAUGGCUCUUGGUAGUUUUGGUGCCUAUCUUUUGGAAAAGUUCUUUUCUCGACGUGAACGAUCGUCGCUUAUGCGAUCAUGGGCUGGUGGUGCAUCCAUGUUACCCAAAGGAGGUGAUUUAAUUUGGGGUACAGCCGAAUCUUCCCCUGAUGAUCCCAUUCAUGGUCUCCAAGGUCGUCCCUCUUAUGGAAGUUUGUUGACAUUUGCUGGUACCGACAAUGCCAAUGAGAGCAAUGAAAUCAACCGUGAAAAGUUUUCAGCAGCUUCAUCCAUCGACUUGCUACAUGAAAACACGCCCGAGGAAUUCCAUACCAUGUUACGCACCAAUUAUUCAUAUGGCAUCACCACAUCCAAGGCACAAUUGAAACGCAAUGAUCAUGAUCCAACAAAGUGGAGCAAUUCCAUUGAGUCAAAGCUUCCCAAUGCACCCAGCAUGAAAAUCUAUUGCAUGUACGGCGUUGGCCUUCCGACCGAAAGAAGCUACUAUUAUGCCAGAUCAUCUCAAGAACAGGGCGCUGUAUGCGAGGAAAAUGAUACCUCUUGUCAUGAAGUAGGCGAUGAUGCCUAUGAUAAGGCACGUGACCUGGCAGAAUCGUUAUCAAGCACAGCUAUGGACAUCUUACAACCACCCGAAUUGUACAUUGAUCCUACAGCACAUGAUCCAGACAAUGGGGUUGAGACCGGCGUACGAUUUUCUGAUGGUGAUGGCACGGUGCCUAUCCUUUCAUUAGGUUAUAUGUGUGCACCUUCCGGUGGUUGGAGAAAACAUGCCGACUUGUAUAAUCCUGGACACAGCCCUGUUGUUUUAAGAGAGUACAUGAAUGAAGAAAGCGAAAGUCGCCUCGACGUACGUGGUGGAAGGAAAGCUGGUGAUCACGUGGAUAUUCUAGGCAAUUGGGAUCUCAUGACCGAUAUACUACAAAUUGUGUCUAACAAAGGCAACAAUGUCACCGAGCGUAUCUUAUCUGACAUUGAACGAUAUGCUUCAAACAUCCCACUCUCCCCAUCAUCUUAA